AUGAGCAGUUUGUGUUUGCAGCGGUUGCAAGAAGAGAGAAAGAAGUGGAGGAAAGAUCAUCCCUUUGGGUUUUUCGCUAAGCCAGCUAGAAAUGCUGAUGGUACGAUGAAUUUGCAGAAAUGGGAAGCUGGCAUACCAGGUAAGGAGGGUACGAUUUGGCACAGCGGUGUAUAUCCAAUAACCAUAGAGUAUCCGGACGAAUAUCCGUCGAAACCACCCAAAGUGCGGUUCCCGGCCGGGUUCUACCAUCCCAAUAUCUACCCAAGUGGGACUGUGUGCCUGAGCAUUUUGAAUGAAGACCAGGACUGGAGGCCUGCGAUUACGUUAAAGCAGAUCGUGCUAGGGGUCCAGGACUUGCUGGAUUCCCCCAACCCAAAUUCACCAGCUCAGGAGCCGGCGUGGAAGGCGUUCUCGAGAAACAGAGCAGAGUACGAAAGGAAGGUUGCCGCUCAGGCAAAGCAAUACACAAAGUGA